AUGGUGUGUCAGUGAUAGUUCCUACAGUCGCGCGCGCACACUUCUCUCUCAACGUCUCUAACUGAUUACACAAUUCACGUAGGCGUCCAAUAACAGACGGACUCGAGUUAUUCACUCCAGCUGGUCAGCAUUUUUUCCCACAUACUUUUGAAACCAGUGGAAUGACUUGAAGGAAUUUUGGUUAGUGUUCUCUUAAAGUGAAUUUUAAGUGGUGCUGCUGUUGCUUCUCCGCAGCGCAGGUUUCCGACUGUUGGGACACCAGAAUGAACCCGGAAACCAUGUUUCAGUGGGAGGACAUAUCUGUGGACGAGCUGAUGCGCCAUUAUGAAGAAGUUUUCAGACAUGAGCACAUCAACAAGCGCAGUUCCAUGCCUCCUGAAAACGAACUGAUGAAGGGGUCGGAGCGGCAGCUAUCAGAGGCAGAGUUGCGGGUACGGCGCUCUCUCCAGCGACUGGAUGUUCCUGAGUGGAUGAAGAAUGCCCAGCCUCAACAGCAAGGCUUCCUUCUCCGCCGUCGUGACUAUGGUUCUAGCACUGCAUCAGCCACUGGUGGAGGCUGGUCAGCAUACUCUUCUAAAACUGCAUCUAUGACAUCAUUAGGGUCAUCCCGUGCACACACUCCCAACACUCCCACCAAAGUAGUCAUACCCACCCGUGUGACCUCCAGAGGCAUGACGGGACUUGGGGGUGUCACAUCCCCCGCUUCUAACUGUUCUAUUUCUCCUUCUCCCAGUGAUCGUAGUGGAUCUCUGUUCCAAUAUCCCAUUUCUAGGUGGUCAACAUCUCGCCUCAACUCUGGCACCACCACACCCACUGGCUCUGUGACAUCCACCAAAUCCACUGCAACGUACACCCGCCAACCAUAUCUUGGGUGGCGUUCGCAGACUUCCCUAGCAUCGCUGGCUGGUUCCCAGUCUUCACUAACUAACACUGGUUCAUAUUUGACUGCUGCAGACAGAUUAGCACUUGGCAUCACAGCAUAUAGUCAGAGAUUUGUCAAGUCUGCAGCCAACACGCAGGAUAAAGAGAAUUCUUCAGCAGAAGCGAAUGUCGCAGCCCCAUUAAAACCUGACAGUGAAGACCAGAAUGACAAAGGGAGCACAAAUGGCAGCAUCAAACUGCAAGUACCUGAUGUUGCAGAUGUCCAUUCUUCCAUAAAGGAGGUAACGUCAGCAAUUGUACAUUACUGCAAUGAGUCCACCCCAUCUCCGAGAGCAUCUCCCAGAGGGUCUCCAAGGCCAGAAGGAAGGGCUCCCUCCCCAAGACGUUUGGUCUGGGUUGAGAGCUCCUUUGUGGGCUCCAGACCGAUCACUUCUCCUGAGACUCCAACGGGCUCAUCUCAUGCAAUUACCCCCACAUCACAGCUCAAUGGUCACGACUUGGCAGAGUCUGGUGAGGCCACAUCCCGGCCUCCACAGCCUCCGGGUGAGUACCUGCUGGCAUGGUGACCUGCCUCUGGUCCUGACCGAGGUGGCUCAUCUCUGCCAUCUGCAGGUUUGACUCGCGCCAUGUUAAGGCUUGCCCACUGAAGCCAAAGUGUACAUAGUGUACAUUGUUUGGAUGCUUAAAGAUUUUGUUUCCUCCAUAUUCAAGAAUGCAGUGUUUAUUAUUUUUCAUAUUUGUUGUAAUGUUUUAGCUUGCAUGAAAUAUUUGUGCCUAGAAGAAAAGUUGCAUGAGAAGGAGGCUUUGCAUUUUCCAGAUUGGUAUUGCAGGCUGUCAUUUUUCACAUUUCCCUGCUAUCUGAUGUGUGGUGCCCCUCGGGGUGACGACAGCACAAUAAAAAUUUCCCAAAAUUUUCAUGCUUAUCUGUAAGAAAACCAAUUGAAAUUGUCAUUCCUUGUCCAUACACCAUUUUGUUAGUCUUUUUAUGUUAAUUAUUUGACAUGUAAGCCAGAGAAAUGUAAUGCUGCUUACGCGUGGCAGAGAUAGUUUGUGUGAGUUGUUCUUUUACGAUGCUUUGUAUUAAUCCCCCCCCCCCCCUGAGUUUCAAGCCACUGGGUAGCUUCCAAAGCUUCUUAUGACUGGAUUUAAUUGGUCCCCAAUUGCCUUUGCUUAAAUUUGUCUUAACGUUCAUCCCCAUGUUCCUAGGUGGUAUGAAACCAAAAGUACAUAUUGAAAUUUUUUCUUCAUUUACCGAGGCAUUAAAGACGUGUUUUUUAUUGACCGAGGCAAUUUCUUGUACAUUUUAUUUUCUAUAAAUAACUUUUGAGCAUUGAUAUUGUGCUGCUGUUGGUAAAUUUAUGUAGGGAGAGAGCAGAAGCUAGACCAAACAGUUAAUGUAAUUUAUACCUGUACUGAUAGUUACCAGUAUUUGGUUUGCAUACAGAUUUAUUUAUACUUUUUAAUUCCUAAUUCAAUUACAGUAUGUAAUUUAUUUAAUUUUUUUUUUUUUUUGUAUAUUUCAUCAUUUUAAUUUUGUUUUACAGUACUGUGAAUUAUUCAAAGACUUUCUUGUAAGGCUGUUUGGAUCAAAAUUACUAUACGUUACGUCGUAAGUUUUAAAAAGUAUAUAUUUUUCAGACUCUCAAGAAAGCCUCUGAAUUGAAGAAUAUUUUUAACUUAAGCAUUGUUUGUCAUUCUUACCCAUGUAAUUUUUUUUUUUUUAGCUCCACCUGGGAAUUUUUCAUUGUUGUUGUUGCAUUUCCGGAGAUCCUUCACUGUGGAUAGCGUAGUGGUGAAGUUGAAUUAAGACCCGGUUUUCUCAGAGCCAGUGCCUCAAUCUCUUCUCCCUCUCGUCCUUCCGCCCUCACCUUGGACACCUCUUGUCCACUGUAAUUAUGCCUCACUGGUGACCUCUGUGCUUAAAAAAAAAAUAAUAAGCAUAAUAAAAUUAAAGAAAUUUAAGUGUUUAAAUGAUUAUUUUGAGCAUCUUCCAUUGCGACCAUAAUACUUCCCAAAAAUAAAAAAAAAAGGCAUAUGAAAGAAUUUUUACAAUGUUGAAUUUACACAGAUGCUUAAAUUCACAAUUAUGUAGUAGUGUAUGAAGGAUUAAGACUUAAGCCAGAAUAUCACAGCUGUAACACCUCACAAUUUGCCCAUUGGAGAUAAAAUUUGUUUUGGUCUGUUCUGGAGCAUUAACACAUUGUUGAUGACUUAGUCAUGGUCCAGUGUGCUCUGACAUGUGCAAGUUUAACCUCCAGUUAAUGGGUUAGUUGUAAAAUGUAAGGCUUAAAUCUUCUGCAUGUGGUUUAAUGUUUCCCUUUCACUGUUUAAAAAUUAAUCCUGACGAAUAAACAGAAUGGUGGAUGAGGGGAGCGAACCAUGGCCUGCAGACUGAUGCUCUACUGAUCCUGCUACUCAGGCCUAUAACAGGAAGGAUUAAUAAUUAAUACUGUAUUAUAUUCCUUUGGCAUAAUACAGUAAGCAUUACUUCUAAAUCCUUCCUGUUAUGUUCCUUUGGAAUAAUACAGUAACAGGAAGGAUUUAAAAGUAAUACUUAUUAUUCCAAAGGGUUGUAUUACUUAAACAGUAUUGCUUAAGAAUCCUUCCUGUUAGAGAACUGGGUAGAUGGAUCGGUAGUGUCAGACUGUCAGUCUGCAGGCCAUGAUUUGUUUCCCCAUCCACCAUGCUGUUUAUUAAUUGACAGUUGUUCAUUAUAACUUAGUCCAUUAAUCUUGACCUUUGGCCACCGAGGCACUGAUCCUGAGAAAGCUGGUUGAGUCCCAACUAUUUAGGGAGGUUUACGAAAGCUCUUUUGAAGUAGAUUGGGACAUUGUAAACGCAUGUCCAAAUCUUUUCCUUUUUUUUUUUCAUUCCUGAACUAGGAUGUCUGGCUUAUAUACAGUACAUCACUUGUCACAUGCCUGUACAUAGUAUUGUUUUAAAAUAAUAUAUCUAGAUAUUGUUUA